UACCUCAGGUAUGUGUUGCUUGCUGGGAGUGAAAGGGUGGAGAACGUGAAGUUUACAUCUGUCAAAAACCGAUUUCAGUCUUACUUGUUCCCGACCUACCAUUCAAACUUGCAGUCUAUAGUGAUGGCAGAGGCUCACCAGGCAGUAGCUUUUCAGUUCACCAUCACUCAUGAGGGGAUUGACCUGCAUCUGUCCUAUCAGGCCCUCAAUCAAAUCUACCUCUCCGGACUGCGAUCCUGGAAGAAACGCAUCAGUAGGAUUAAGAACAGAAUCAUUAAAGGUGUAUACCCAGCUAGCCCCUCCUCUUGGCUUUUUGUUGUCAUAGCAAUCCUGGCCACUAUGUACAUGCAGUCUGAUCCAUCUAUGGGCAUCAUUACUAAGAUUCGGGAGCACCUCCCCCUUAGUCUGUCAUUGAGUGCUCAAGGUCAGACUGUCCUAUCAGUGCUGCUGUUCAGUACUCUGCUGUGGUUGUCUCUCAUUCUGGCUCUGAGGUUCUGCCUAAAGCUUCUCCUAUCAUACCAUCAAUGGAUGUUUGAACUACAUGGACGUAUUUCUACCAAGACCAAAGUCUGGGCGACCCUAGUUAGGUUGCUGUCCAGUAGAAAGCCAUUACUGUACAGCUAUCAGACAUCUUUACCACACCUGCCUGUACCUUCCAUUAAAGACACAUUGGAAAGAUAUCUUGAGUCAGUGAAGCCACUGCUAGAUGUGGCUGGUUUUCAGCGAAUGACAAGACUGGCUGCUGAGUUUGAGAAAAGUCUGGGUAACCGCCUACAAAAAUACCUCAAACUUAAAGCACUGUGGGCCACAAACUAUGUUAGUGACUGGUGGGAAGAGUAUGUUUAUCUCCGGAGCCGGAGUCCCAUUAUGGUCAAUAGUAACUAUUAUGGCAUGGAUUUUCUGUAUGUGACACCCACGGCUACUCAGGCAGCUCGAGCAGGGAAUACUAUCACAGCCCUGUUCCUAUAUCGCCGCAAAGUCAACCGAGAGGAGCUCAAUCCUAGUCGUAUUCCUGGUACAGUCAUACCUCUGUGUGCAGCUCAGUGUGAACGCAUGUUCAACACCACACGCACGCCUGGAGAGGAGACGGAUGUGCUGCAGCAUUGGCAGGACAGUGAGUUUGUCGCCGUGUACCACAGGGGCCGGUAUUUCAGGUUAUGGGUUUACCGAGCAGGACGCCUGCUGUCACCCAGAGAGAUCCAGUAUCAGAUUCAAAGGAUCUUGGAUGACCCCUCACCUCCUUCUCCAGGAGAGGACAAACUCGGGGCACUGACAGCAGGAAACAGGAUGCCCUGGGCUCAGGUGAGGAAGCAGUUCUUCAGCUCUGGAGUUAACAAGCGCUCACUGGACUGCAUUGAGAAAGCGGCCUUCUUUGUCACGCUAGAUGAUCAGGAAGAAGGCAUGAUGGGGGAAAAUCCCUCCGUGAACUUGGACCGCUAUGCAAAAUCCCUCCUUCACGGAAAAUGCUAUGACAGGUGGUUUGAUAAGUCAUUGUCUGUCGUGGUGUAUAAGAAUGGAAAGAAUGGGUUGAAUGCAGAACAUUCUUGGGCCGAUGCUCCUAUAGUGGCCCACCUGUGGGAGUUCACUCUGGCCACAGACGCAUUUCAUUUGGGUUACACCGCGGAUGGAAAUUGCAGGGGAGAGAUUGAGCACUCCUUACCACCUCCUCAACGGUUGAGUUGGGACAUACCGCUGCAGGUUCAGACGCAUGUGUCCGAGUCUCUUGCUGUUGCGCAGGCACUGGCUGAUGAUGUGGACUGUCAUGUGUUUCCCUUCAGAGAGUUUGGGAAAGGCUGCAUCAAGAAAAUGAAAAUGAGCCCAGAUUCCUUUGUGCAGCUGGCCUUGCAGCUGGCCUACUAUAGGGAUAGAGGGACUUUCUGUCUGACUUAUGAAGCCUCCAUGACUCGUCUGUUUCGUGAGGGUCGCACUGAGACCGUACGAUCCAGCUCCAAUGAAAGCUGUGCCUUUGUCCUCGCACUGGAAGCAGGAGAGGACAGAGAACAUUGCCGCAAGCUGUUCCGAAAGGCUGCUGAGAAGCAUCAGAACCUCUACCGUCUGGCCAUGACUGGAUCUGGCAUUGACAGGCACCUCUUUUGCCUAUAUGUGGUCUCAAAAUACCUGGGGGUAGAGUCUCCUUUCCUUAAAGAGGUGUUGUCAGAGCCCUGGCGCCUCUCCACCUCUCAGACCCCUGUGCAACAGAUGGAGCUGUUUGAUUUGGUCAACCAUCCUGAGUUCAUCUCGCUGGGAGGAGGAUUUGGUCCGGUGGCUGAUGAUGGCUAUGGUGUAUCUUACAUCAUUAUGGGCGAGGAAAUGAUUAACUUCCAUGUGUCCUGCAAGCACUCCUGCACAGAGACUGACUCUCAUAAGUUUGGGUCUCAAAUCAGUCAAGCCAUGAUGGAUCUUAUGACUCUGCUGAACCCAGACUUCAAGGAAGCCACAAAAGCCAACCCUGACAAACAGUCAUAAAUCCUGCUGCGUGUUAGUUUGAAGAUGGGUUCAUAUUUAUGUCAUUAUUUGUGCAUUUUAUAUUUUAUUCUUUUAUGUUUGUUGGGUUUGAGUUUGUGAUAUAGUGGAUCUAUCUGUGUCAAUGCUGAAAAUAACUAGUAGGGUUUCUGGUUUUGCUAAUUGCUGCUGCACCAGUUUUACUGUAUACCUGUCAUAAAUCACUGAAAUUGGUGUGCUGAAGAAUUGCAUCUGUCUGUCUGAUUGACAGCUCUUUAAACAGCAAAACGGUGUCAGGCCACUUAACUACUGUGUGCGUUUACGUUUGCUGAAAUCUGUAGUUGUGUCAUUACAUGGUAAGGUUAUGAAGAAAGACUGUGUGGUU